UAGAGAAAGAAAGUAAUGACUGUAUCUCAUUCCUAGACGUCUUCAUGGCAAGGAAAGAAGAUGGCACACUAAGAAGGAGUGUGUACAGGAAACCUACUACAACAGGACAGUACACUCAUUUUUUGAGUUUUGUACCUUUGAAAUAUAAACGCAACCUGGUAAAGUGUCUGGUUCAUAGAGCUAGGUUAAUCUGUUCAGACGACUGCUUCAAUGAGGAGCUUGAGAUUAUUAGAGAAUUACUUAGAAAAAAUGGUUAUCCAGAUAAGUUUAUUGAGAAAAAUAUGAAUUCAUCACCUAGGACAGUGACUAUGGCAACAGUUCCGAAAAAACCACUGUUCAUAAAACUUCAGUUCCUCGGCGACAACAUCAGCGAAAUAAUAACGCAGCGACUGAGGAAUGCAGUUAAAAGAGCUUAUUAUGCAGCAGAGGUACGCUGUCUCUUCACGACCACACCUAUCCUACGUUCGAGUAAUAAGGAUAAACUACCUAAAUUCGCCUCUUCUAUGUGUAUCUACCAGUUUGACUGCAGCUGCGGAGCCAGCUACAUCGGGCGAACAAUUAGGCAGGUUCAUCAUCGUAUUUCCGAACAUCAUCCGGCAUGGUUAAGCAAGGGACAAACAAAAUCUAUUCGUAGCUCUAUUUUAGCCCACCUUGUAGAUAGUGAGCAUAAGGUUGAUGUUAAUACUGCAUUUAAAAUUAUUUAUCGCAUUCCUACUAAUCUUAAUUUUGCUUUACGAGUUCGUCUUCUACAUACAGCUGAAGCAAUAGGAAUCCACCUGAAGAAGCCAAACUUGUGUGUCCAGAAGAAAUUUGUACAGCCACUUUCCUUACCUUGGCCAUCGUUACAUGACUGUAUAAACCGGACUACUCCAUCACCCUCCCCCUAGAAUAAUUUUUCUUUUUUAAAAAACUAUAAUUGUCCAAAUUAUUUUAUUUUUCUGACUACUUCAUCUUUAAUUACGUGUUAUCCUUGUAAAAAUUAUUUUAUUCUUAUGACCACUUCAACUUUAGUUACAAAUUAUCAUUGUCCAAAUUGUUUUAUUUUCUUUAACAAUCUGUUACGUAAUCAACCUGUGCACACGCUUAUUCCUUAAUUGCUCUUCAUUUUUCCAAAAUUAUGCAUUAUGCAAUCCACGUGUUGUAACCAUUUCCACCUUUUAAUUAUAGAUAUUAAUUUUUCUUCGUUAAUUAUCACCCCAUUGACAUUUUGACACCGACUAAUUAUUGUUAACAAACAUAUCGCCACUUGAUUGGUAAAUUGUUGUGUAUUGUAAUUAAAAUGCUAUAUAUAUUAGAGUAGAGCCAGAGAUGAGGAUCUAAUUGAAAAGUAAAUAUUUCUUCGCUCAAUCUUUCUCUUUUCUAAAUGUGUAAAUGGGGAUAUUUUCU